AUCUACACACACACCAGUGCAGCUGUUACACUGACUGUAUCAGUAAAAGUCAAACCUACAAUCACCUCAAACCCUGAAGGAGCUGCACUGACAGGAAACACAGUGACUCUGUACUGUAAACUCCAUCAGUCUGCUGGAUGGACGUUUUACUGGUCCAAACACACACAGAGCUCUGAGAAGGAGACCAUCACCAACGUCUACACCAUCAGCUCAGUUAGUCUCUCUGAUGGAGGUCAGUACUGGUGCAGAGCUGGCAGAGGAAACCCAGUCUACUACACACACUACAGUGAUGCACUCUGGGUAAACGUUACUGACAGCACUAAAGCUGUGGUGUCCAUAAAGCCUGAUAAGCAGGUGUUUAAAGGAGAGACGGUCACUCUGAGAUGUGACAUACAGGCAGGAGGAGACACUGAGUGGACUUACAGCUGGUAUAAAGAUGACCAUCUGUCCUCAAACAGAAGAACACAGGAGUUCACAGUCAGCUCUGUUACAGAGUCUAACGGUGGUAAAUACACCUGCAGAGGACACAGAACACAUGACUUUCAGAGCUCAGAGAUCAGUGAUGCUGUUACCCUGACUGUGUCUGAUGUAGCUCAGGCAGUAUUGAGUGUGUCUGCACAGAGCUGGCUGACUGAAGGAGAGUCAAUGACUCUAAGCUGUGAGGUUACAGGCUCCUCUAAAGGCUGGACAUUCAGCUGGUACAGAGCUGCUCUCUACAGACAAGGCUUAGAACAAAUAAGAGACGUUCAUGGCAAAGUUCUGUAUCAUGUAGAGCUCCUGUCAGACAGCAGAAGAGAAGCUGGAGGCUCCUACACUCUCAGUCCUGCUGCUGUAAAUCACACAGGAGUUUAUGUGUGCAGAGCAGAGAGAGGAGUACCAGCCUAUCAGACACAGUACAGCACUGUGCAGACACUGUGGAUCACUGGUUCAUCUCCUCCAGCCUCUCUGAUCAUCAGUCCCAGCAGAACUCAACACUUUAGUGCUGGCUCUCUCUCACUGAGCUGUGAGGGACAGAGUGACUCUACUGGAUGGAGAGUGAGGCGAUACACACACAGUGGGGAGGUGUCAGAUUGUUCAUCAGUUACAGGAUCUACAUGCAGCAUCAGCUCCCUCCACACAUCCCUCACUGGAGUUUACUGGUGUCAGUCUGAGUCUGGAGGAGGAAGCGAUCCUCUCAACAUCACAGUGCACAGUGGUGAUGUGAUUCUGGACAUUCCUGUCCAUCCUGUGUCUGAGGGAGAUUCUCUGACUCUCCGCUGUUUAUUUCGCUCCACAAAGCCCUCAAACCUCACAGCUGAUUUCUAUAAAGAUGGAUCACUGCUCCAGACCCAGACGACAGGAGAGAUGAUCAUCCGUACUGUCUCAAAGUCAGAUGAAGGUCUCUACCACUGUAAACACCCAGAGAGAGGAGAGUCACCACAGUGCUGGCUCUCAGUCAGAGCUUCAGGUUCUGGUGUAACAGUAGUAGUAAUAGUCGGAGUGUCAGUGGGACUGAGUCUAACCUUGCUCCUCAUCAUCAUACUGGGCCUGAUUUGCUGCUACAAGAAGAGCAAAGGUGAUUCUGCAGCUCAGCCCAGUGAUGACACUUACGCUGAGAUUAUGACUACAAACAGCUACAGAGGAAGCGAUGAAGCAGUGAGGAGACUAAAUGAUGUCACUUACGCUCAGAUUGUGACUAAAAAGAACCGCAGAGGAAACAAUGAAGGAGCCACACAAUCAAAUGAUGUCACUUACACUGAGAUUAUGACUACAAUCAGCUACAGAGGAAACAAUGAAGGAGCAACACAACCAAAUGACGUGACUUAUUCCCAGAUUCAGCUGAAAAACCUGGAACAUCAUGAAAAAGGUCUGUGAAGAAAACUGCUGCUGUUUCAGUGCAGAACAGUAACCAUUCACAGAAACUCCUGGUUGGGUUCUAAGGAGUGCAGACAGAAGAGGAUCUGAACACAUUUAGACUGUCAGAACUUUCAUACAUGAUUUGAACAACUUCAUUUACUAAUCAUAACACAUUUCCUUUGGAAUAAAAUGAGUAUUUAUGUGAACUAAACCAAUGUGAGCAGCACAUAAUCAGAGCUUUGUACAAUCAAAACACAUAAAAGCUCAGUUUCUCAGGCUGAAAUUGAGCUUAAUCCUCAUCUAAAAACUCUGUUCACAGAUA